UACCUCUCUAGUAAUUAAUUUCAUAAUAUAAUCUUUAGUUUUUGUUCAAUUGUAAUGUAUUGUAUUGAUGUUCUUUUAAUAUAAUAUUAAUGGUAAAAGUAAAAUGAGCUCACAAAGUGCUUAUGACAAAUAUAAAGCUGGUCCCCAUGGCUUAGGAGAUCCAGAUGAUACAUAUUUAAGACGAGUAGAAAUAGAUGUAAUGAUUCCUAAAAAAAUGAGAGAAAUAGCUAGAGUUGAAAAGUGUUUUAAAGAAGUUGAGGAAUUUACAAAAUGUGGUAAAGAUGCCGGAUUAUUGAUGGUAUUCAACUGUAGAGCAGAAAAUGAUAGAUUAAAGAGUUGCCUCACUCAUUGGUAUCGUGAUGAAGACUUCAAAGAAAGAUGUAAAAAAGAGUAUCUUGAAGAAAGGUCUGAAUAUAGAAGAACUGGAAUUAGCCAAAAACAGAAGCAAAGAAUAGCAAAUUUCAUGUAAAUAUCAGUUUAUACCUUUUUAAAUACUUGUUUUGGUUGUAAAUAUCUCAAAUUAUUUACAUGUUAUAUAUAUAAAUAUAAAUCAUAAAUACAAA